GGGCAGUGCCAGUGCCGUGCCAUCUUUGAGGAGGAGCGGACGCGCUGUGUCUGGUGUCCGGCAUCCCAUGCGGUUGUCAUAGGACGGUCUUCCGCGGCUGUCGCGUCCUUUUCGCCGGGUCUGCCUUGAGUCCUUCGAGGUCCAGAGUAGUGACUGUUGACGCGAGGACUUCUGGAAUUAAAGCGUGGUGGAUUUUUAAUUGAGUCACCACGAAUGAGAACGCGCUCUAGAGUCCUUUCGUCUUUCGAUUGAAAGAGUAGUUUUGAUUUCGAGCCCGCGAGGAUAAUGGGAUAAUCUUCCCCAUCUUUUAUUUUAGCGUCGUUUUCCAAGGACCCGUGUUUCUCCCAGUGGGACCUUCGUCCGUGAAGGGCGUUUAUUCCACCGUGAAAAGGUUGCAGUAGCGUCAGAUGCAAUCUCUUGUGAAUGAUCAACACAAGUCUAAGAAUCUGGCAGCAGAUUCUGACGGAUGUUCGGGAUGUAAACUUUCCGUAUUGCCAGACGGUAAGUCAGGAUCAUUUUCGGCAGCUGAUCAAUAUUGAAACCUGAUCGAAAAACGUCGGAACUUCCAAAUGAAUAUGACUACCGGCUGAAUUCAUCAUUCUGGGAGGACAGGAUGACGGGAAUAUGAAAGCUAUAGGGGACUGUUGCCUGAGAGAAGAAUUCCACUGUAGGAGCAGAGUGUCAUGAAGAAGAAAAAGUUACCACUCGACACCUGAGACAUGAAACUGCGGCCUCCUUUCAUAACCAUGCCGUCGAAUUCUAAGGAAAACCAACGAGAAAAUGACAGAGUUGUAAAGUCGUUGGAUAGUUCGGUUUGCGGAUGUUUUCCAAAUAUGCAUCCUGAAUGAGACAUUUCCCAGUUUAUACUAUCGCUAUCGACGGUCUAAGCGACCCAAAAUAUAAACACGAGUUAUAAAUUUAUAACAUAAACAAUAAGCGAUAUUUACGUCCUACAGAAUUAAAAAUAUAUAAAAAAGUUAUUGUUCGUAAAGUAAAUACUUAUAUUUACGUCCUACUUUAAUUAAAAUAGUAAAAAGAUAGAUAUAAUAAAUCAAUAGAAUUGACGUCCUACAAAACACAAAAUCUAAAAAAUAUAUAUAUAUAAUAAAUAUGACAUCAUUAACGUUCCGUGAAAAUUAGUUCGAUCUUGUAAAUACUACAAAGGAAACAAGAAGAAAAAGAACAAAAACAACAACAACCAACAACCUGAAAAAAAAAAACACUUGGAAAAAUCCACUUUCUCUUCGUCGAGAAAUAAAAAAAAAAAGUCACCUGGAUAAAGUCUACUAUCCAUUCCAACUUAAAAAUGGCCCAUCACGCGCGCCCAUCCUCCGCCACAUCUCCUGCUACUACUUCUACUGCCACUGCUGCUUCUGCUGUUUUCUCCUGGCCCACGACCUGCCUGCUGCAGAGGCAUCUUCUGCUGGUUCUGCUCUCGUGUUCUCUCUUUAGCUACAACGGUCUGGCGUUGAAGUGGGUGCGUUUCAACGUGCCCUCCUUGGCCGUCUUCGGCGGAGAGGUGCUGAUGACCUGCGAAUUCGACCUGGAGGGGGACCAGUUGUAUUCGGUCAAGUGGUACAAAGCCAACAGGGAGUUCUACCGCUACGUCCCGGCAGAGAAACCGUCCAUACAGUAUUUUCCCACACCGGGCAUCAACGUGGUGAGUGAGAGAAGCAACCAGCACCAAGUGACCCUCUCAGAGGUCAACCUCAACACGACAGGGAGGUACAAGUGUGAGGUUUUAGCAGAGGCCCCUCACUUUAGGACGCUGGCCAAAUCUAAUUCCUUAAAGGUCUACGCAUUACCAGACGGUAACCCGGAAGUGGUGGGCGGCCAGCACCAGUACCGCCCAGGUGAUUUCGUCAACCUCACCUGCAAAGCCCCAAAGUCCAUACCUGCCACCACGUUGCAAUGGUUCAUCAACGACCAACAGGUUCCUCAAGAUUACCUGAGACUGUACCACAGCCCAGCAGACCCCGAGGGGCGCGUGUCCUCCCAGCUGGGCCUCCAGUUCACGGCCCAGACGUCCCACUUCGACCAAGGUCGAGUGGUGAUGAAGUGCGCGGCCGACCUCCAUCCUCUCUACAAUGAGAAUGUUCAGCACGAAAGCAUCGUCGUGGCACCGGACCCCUUGUCCCUCGGACAUGAUGCCAGUGGAAGUGAAAGCGGCCCAAAGCAGAGCAACAACCUAUGGCACCUCCUCACCCUACUAGUCCUAUGCAGCUGUUCCUUCCUAGUCUCAUCUCUAACUAGCCCCUACUAGAAAGAAAGAAAAAUAGAUAGAUCAAUUAAUAAAUGUAUAGAAGAGACUGGAGAAUAAAGCGAAGGAGAGUGAUUGCAAUUACGAUGGCCAUUUUCAUUGCAAUAACUUAGGCCGUUUUAGGUCUAGCGUGAGACGAAAGAUGCAGUGUCAGCAAGAAAUGGAUUCCAGGCAUUACAGCAUUCCAGCGAGUCCUCUUACUCCUUCCUUAGUUCCAGCAUCUUUUAACUUCCCCCCUCCCCCCCCCCCCCCGCCC